AUGGCCAGCAAGUACGCCUUCACGAAGAGCUUGAAGGAGAUACGGUUCCUGCUAUGCCAGUCCUCGGAGCAUAGCGCUGCUGCGCGGUCAUUCCUCACACGAACGUACCCCACGAUGAAGAAGCACAACCCACACACCCCGAUCAUGAUAAGAGAGGCACUAGGCGUGGAGCCAAAGGUGUAUGCGCGGUACGAGUUCGGCAAGGAGAAAAUGGUGCCAUUGAAGGGACUGGACGACAAGGCGAUCGAGGGCAAGAUCACAGAGCUGGUUCAGGCGGGCGCAUAA